GUGAAUCAAACGACAUAUCAAGUGGAGAAUGUCUAAUGAGUUAUCGUUGGAUCCCUCAAAAUGGAUUUAUACUAUUGAGAGUACGAAGGAAAAAUGUUUAACUUCUGCAGUGUCUGCUAAGAAUGUUAAACAUGUGCUUUCUACAGCAACAAUUCGCUCUCCCCAAAGAAAUUUACUGACAGCUAUACUUCCCUUUAUUCAAGUCAUGCUCAACAGUGUCCCGGGAACGUCAAUCCUUACUUCACUUGUUAAGUAUGGCACAACUAAGACAGUUGACGUGAUUGCAAAGGAAGCUGCGGGGAUUUACAGUGCACAUUUGUUAUUCAUCAAGCCCAUUGAAUACAAUUUGUCAACAUCUCUUAGUGAAUUGUUAGAUGCACUUGUGUAUCGUGGAGACUGCAAGGGAGAUCACCGCAAGGGCAUACUGAAGAAUCUAAAAUCAUGUGAUUUAAAACAUUUGUUCGGAUCGACAUUAACUCUGGUAGCAGCUGGCCGUCUAUUUUCAAUUGAUCAUGAGUUUGCAAAUUUUGUUGUAGAUGAUGCGAAAGCGAAGUUAGCCAUUUGUCGAGCCGCUAGGGAAAAGGAGACAAAAUUAGCAGCGUUGCGCUGUUGUGAACUAAUUAUCGAUGAGAGCAGAAGCAGCACUACAAACGACGAAAGCUCUUCAAUGAUUGGUCCAUUGUUUCUGUUUAAUGUUUUCAAGGAUUCCUUAGGCAGUUCUACUUCAAGGCCUCAUGUUGAGUUCAUCGAACUAUUAACUCGGCAUUUGUCACCACAAAUAGUUUCUGAAAUAGGUGAGCUGCUACAACGAUGGCCAGAUAUUUACGAGCUCUCAAAGAAAGAUUCGUACACUAUAGUUAUUUCAAAUAUUUUGGAGCGCGGAUUUAGUGAAGAAUCAUGCAUUACCCUCCUCGGAAUAAUUUUUAAAUACAUUGAGGAUAUUGAUAAUCGAUUAAACUCCACCAAAACAGCUAAUUGGAGGCUUUUGGCUGCUGUCACAAGGUUCUCAUCUGCAGUCAGUUUACUUGAAAAGCGAAUGGGUACUCCGAUUUACCCAAGGCUUCGUGCAGCAAAAGCACGCUAUGAAUCCGCUACAAUCCCGAAAGCUGAGGUUACUCGAAAAAAUAUACUAGAAAAGUUAAAAAAAUUAAGAGGCAAGGAUGUGGUUAAGCGAUCCCGAGAAUAAAGAUAAAUGUUGAUGGUAGAAAUGUGAGAAGCAUUUCUAGAUUAAGUAAAGCCUAUUUAAUUCUAAUUGCAUACGAUUAAUAAUUUUCUGUUUUAAAUUACAAUUCGCGACAUA